AUGGCUUGUCUCUAUCGCGGCGCAUGUACCGACCCCGCUUGGCCGUACACGACGUGCUUCAGCGCGUGCCCGAAGAUCCACCCCCAAGGCCCCGCGCCCCUCUACCCCUGCCCCAAAGACGCCAACGGCACGACCGCCGGCCCCGGUGCCACAGCCGUGCACUACUGGUGCGGCAACACGAGCGCGAACGUGUGCGCGCCGGGCCGCGGGCGGUACUACGACUACCCGCAUGGGGCGUUUGUGGGUAUUGCUGGCACUGUAGCUAACACUACUGAAGAAUAUAGCGCAGGCGGGGAUGCAAAUACAGGCACGGGUGUGAAAGUGGGUGUGGGCGUGGGCGUGGGCGUGGGCGUGCCUGCGCUGCUGCUUGCGGCAGUGCUGGGGCAGUGGGGGCGGCGCGAGAGGGCCAGGCGGCGCGCGCUGGAGGCGGGGGCGGAGGCGGGGGGCUGGGGCGGGAGGGGGCUGCUGGAGGGGGCGGCGGGUGUGGGUGUUGUUGGUGCUGGGGUGGGGUUGGGGGGUGAGAAGAGCGGUGCUCGUGGUGGGGGGGUUGUGGACGCGGAGAUGGAGGCGCGCGAGGUGUGUGAGCUUGCCGAGCUCGGUGCGAGGCCGGUGGAGCUGUGUGCGGCCGAGGAGGUGGAGGGGGUUGGGCGCGUGGCGUAAGUACGGGCGAUGUCAAUCGGGUUUUGGAAUUUGGCGUUUAAUUGUUGACUGGGCUGAGCUGGGCUGGGCCCGACCUCGUUGGCGUUGUAGGUAUAGACAUCUCUGGCGUUCUUGUCUGGUUAACUGUACGCACGUAUGUAUGUAGAUAGAUGUUCUUCUGUAAGCUUCACGCGG